CAUAAAAUACUCCUUCUUCUCCAGAUUCUCUUGCAUCUGCUGACAAAAUCUCUACAUCCAUUACCAACCGUGGUUGUAUGCACAUACUAUUCUUUUCACGGGACCGCGCUUAUAGAUAGACCCCAUUCCUAUCUGUCCCACUUAACCCUCGACUAAUUCGGCGCUUUGCCAAAUAAAUUCCUUGUUGCGUUUCCCGAUCUUUCCCCAUCCUCAACGACUCCAACGAGUAUUCAGGCAACGAUUAUUCUUAUUGAAACUCAUCUAUCUCAUCACUCAUAAGACUCCAAGAGAGCUCUAUUGCAAGGCUGUCACAGGCACUUUGUACACUAGUUAUCCCAAUCUAUAGGGUGUCACUACAGCAGAGCACCACACACCGCCAUCCUCGCCCGUGUUUUUUCCCCCUGAAACCUGUGGUCAACACCUCAUAAACAUGGCCGACACUACUCUUGACGCCAUCAUCAUUGGCGCUGGCAUUUCUGGAAUCAACUCUGCAUAUCGGUUCCAAGAAGGUCUUCCUGGCGCCACUUAUGCCAUUCUCGAAGGUCGCUCCGAGAUUGGUGGCACCUGGAGUCUGUUCAAAUAUCCUGGAAUUCGAUCAGAUUCCGACCUCCAUACCUUUGGUUUCCCAUGGGACCCAUGGUCUGAGAACCGUUCUAUCGCUGAUGCUCCCUCAAUCCUGCGAUACGUCAAGGGAGCCGCUGAGCGUGCUGGCAUUGACAAGCACAUCAGGUUCAACCACCAGGUGAAAAGCUUAGACUGGUCGAGCGAGCAUCAACACUGGAAGGUCAAUGUUGUCGCGGAUGGCAAAGACAAGAUCUUGUAUGGCCGUCAGAUCAUGAUGGGAACUGGUUACUACGAUUACAAAAAAGGUCUCAACGGCAAGAUCCCUGGAAUAGAAAACUUCAAAGGCCAGGUGAUUCACCCUCAGUUCUGGCCCGAAGACCUCGACUAUACCGACAAGAAAGUCGUUGUCAUUGGCAGUGGUGCCACAGCUGUGACGAUCGUGCCCAACAUGGCUGAAAAGGCCAAGUCUGUCACCAUGGUCCAGAGAUCGCCCAGCUACUUCCUCCCCAUCCCUCUGGUCGAACCCCUCGACAUCCUCAUCAAGAAGUUCUUGCCGUCAUCAUGGGCAUUCAAGGUCAUCCGUCUCAAGUAUUACAUUAUGGGAUUCAUCUUCUUCAUCUUUUGCCGCAUGUUCCCCAAGAAGAUGAUCGCCACUCUCCGAAAAGCCACCGAAGCCGAACUCCCUGGUAACAUCCCAUUCGACCCUCACUUUGUUCCCAACUACCUCCCAUGGCAGCAGAGAAUGUGCAUUACUCCUGGUGGAGACUUUUUCGCAGCAUUACGAUCCGGCAAAGCUGACGUCGUAACCGACACCAUCAACACAGUAACAGAAAAGGGCCUUCAACUGAACUCAGGCAAGACAAUUGACGCGGACAUCAUCAUCACAGCCACAGGAUUGAAAAUCCUAUUUGGUGGCGGCAUCAAGUUCUACGUUGACGGACAGCUGCAGAACCUCGGCGAAAAAUAUAUCUGGCGCGGCGCUGUUCUGCAAGAUCUCCCCAACUUGGCAUUCGUCUUUGGCUACACCAAUGCAUCUUGGACCCUGGGAGCCGAUGCCACCGGUCAACUCUGGGUUCGCAUCCUCAAAAAUCUCAAGGCCAAGGGUCAAACCAGCUUUGUCGCUCGAGUGGGAGAAAAGGAAACAAUGAAGCCUCGUCCUCUCCUAAACCUGAACAGCACUUAUAUCAAGGAGGCCGAGAAAGAAGGCAGUUUGCCCAAGGGCGGUGACCAUGGUCCAUGGGUCCCCCGUAGCUACUGGCUGAAGGAUAUUCUGCAUGCCAAAUUCGGUGAUGUUUCGACAGGUUUGCAAUUCAAUAGAGUGUCGAGUUAGAUGGUGGCUUUACCAGCAAAAUGAGGUGAAUAAAUUGAAUCUUCAAGAAUGAAUGGAUUAUGAAGUCUGCGUUUCAAAGGCGACAUGUGUAUAAUUGAAGGGUUCAUUAUCAAGUUAGGGUUGGCAGACAGAUAUCUAUCGCGUAGAAAACUGCAGUUUUAACGAUACAACGAU